AUGAGGCCUCCCAGAGAGUUUGGCUGAGACCCCCAAGUCCCUUCUGCCCAGUUGCCAGGUCUGUGAGGAUGGAGCCAGGCUAAUCGCGGAUUAAGCUGGCAAGGGAGUGCAGCCAGAGACUGCUGAUCUAUAGGGAUACCUCCCUGUCCACAAAGAGAACAUGAAGGCAAAAAGGAGGAGUGGCGAAGGAGGGACGAAAGGAAGGCGAGAUUAUAUUUGCCUCCUUAAAGCCUGCAGAGGCAAGAAGAAGAGACUCCCACCCCCUUCCAAAAUUGUCGUUUCUCAAGGACAUCGCCAUGCUGGGGUCAGAGCUGCCCGCCUUUCUGAACGCUGUCUGAAGGGUGCUCGCCAAGCGCUUUGGAGGCAGGAACAUGGGUACUGUUGUUCAUUUCUUGGUGGGCGAUCACAGAGCGGUCUGUGUCUCUGGGGUUUUCUUCCUAGUGUGUUUGGUGUCUCUCGAAGGGUGGUGGUACAAAGAAGAAGGGCAUUAUUUUAGAGUGCCUGUGGUGGAAGAGAAGUGCUGAGUUUACAGCAAGUAGGAACACCUGGGCUGCUUGGGGCCCACCUCACACAGGGCAACGCCUUUGCUGCAAUGUCUGGUGUGUUCAAGAGAGAUGCGAAAGACAUGGAGGAGUUGGCUAGAGAGAGCAUCAGCUUGCUAGCCAAGCCUACUCUGGCGUCGGAGAGCCCCAGCCUCUCCUCGGCGGGCGCCGUCUUCAUCAUGCUGAAAUCCGCCCUGGGAGCCGGCCUGCUCAACUUCCCCUGGGCCUUCAGUCAAGCUGGCGGGAUCUCCCCGGCUCUGCUGGUGGAACUGGGUUCCUUGAUAUUCCUGAUCAGUGGCCUUGUGAUCCUGGGUUAUGCCGCCUCCAUCAGCACCCAGACCACCUACCAGGGGGUGGUACGAGAGAUAUGCGGAGCAGCAGUUGGGAAACUCUGUGAGAUCUGCUUCAUCCUCAACCUCUUCAUGAUCUCAGUGGCCUUCCUCAGGGUUGUGGGAGACCAGCUGGAAAAAUUGUGUGAUUCAUUCUACCCAAACGAAACCUUGAGUGGAGGUCCCUCUCGCCAGCACUGGUUCACAGACCACCGCUUCACUCUCUCUGCGCUGUGUGUCCUGGUUAUCUUCCCUCUCUCCAUCCCAAGGGCAAUUGGCUUCCAGAAAUACACAAGUAUUCUUGGGACUCUGGCAGCUUGCUAUCUGAUGCUUGUCAUUGUGAUAAAAUACUACCUCCGAACGGAUUACCUUGUCAAGCAAGAGCAUCACUAUUCCUCUGGGGCUUCCUCCUGGGCGUCCAUGUUCAGCGUGAUUCCGACAAUCUGCUUUGGAUUUCAGUGCCAUGAAGCCUGCGUUGCCAUCUACAGCAGCAUGAGCAACAAGAAGCUCUCCCACUGGGUCCUGGUGUCUGUGAUGUCCAUGCUGUUCUGUCUGCUGAUUUAUUCUUUGACGGGGCUUUAUGGCUAUUUGAUGUUUGGUGCUGAUGUUGCUGCCGACAUUCUGAUGUCCUACCCGGGAAACGAUGUGAUGGUGAUCAUAGCGCGCUUGCUGUUUGGCAUUUCUAUCGUCACCAUCUACCCCAUUGCCCUCCUCUUGGGAAGGUCCGUCCUGCAGGACGUCUGCCUGAAUGCCAAACACAGCUACAUCCUGGCCACAGAGCCCUAUGAGAGAUGGCUACGCGUGCUGCUCACUACCGUGUGGGUCGUGGUGACCCUCAUCAUCGCCCUCUUUGUCCCGGACAUCAGUAAGGUCAUCAGUGUCAUUGGGGGGAUCAGUGCUUUCUUCAUCUUCAUCUUCCCAGGGCUGUGUCUGGUGUGUGCCAUGGAGACUGAACCCAUCAAGCCAAGGACCAAGUCUUGUCUAGUGACUUGGGGCAUCAUCACGGUUUUGUGUGGCGCGUUCAUCUUUGGACAAAGCACAACCAUUGCUGUCAUGGAACUGCUGUACAAACUCUAACCUCUAGGUGGAGACAGCGGCAAGGUAGCAGAUUCUGGGGGAAAUGGACGUGGUUCUCCCAUGCUGGACAAUUUUUUACUGAACGUUUCCAAGUGACAAAGGCAGGUAACUGGGCAGAUCUUUACCAUUUGGACUUCACUUAACUUAAUACCCACUUUUAGUAUAAUAUGGAUGAAUAAAAAUUGUAUAAAUUGGUUGUACCUCUUCACACGUCAA